AUGCUCGAGAACAUGAGUCUGCUCACCAUCAACGAUGAUGUUCUGCUCCUCAUCAUCUCACUUCUCCGACCAUACGAUGCCCUGUCUUUAUCCGAGACCAGCCGCCACUUCCAUGCCAUCGCACUGCCGCGGGCACUCUCCUCCGUCACUCUGAUAAACCACCGGCAACUCACUGCUUUCUGCACGUACAUGCUUAGUGGCUCGUCGGCUCACAUGCUUUCCUUCAAAAGUCUCUCAGUCAUUUUGGGAGACGGGAAUUUCACUAACGCACACCUCCUCGCGGACGUUCUCGAGCAUGCUCGGAGUCUUAGAUCGAUCGGCAUGUAUUAUUCGGAAAGUCUUAUACAGCUGGAGCCGCGCAUCGGCGAUGCACUCGCUGCGCUCGAAGGGAUCGAUGAAGUCAAACUGCACAGGGUCGGAGACGCCUUAUAUGGGAUGCUCUCUAAGUUCCGUAGCAAGCCGCGCAAAGUCUCACUUACCGGCGACCAUUUUCCCUUGCGUCUAUCUCACCUGCCUCUGCAAAAUGCAGAGCACCUCGAGAUCAGUUGGGCUAUCAUUGAGGACGACACGCCGUCAGGAGGAUGCUAUGCAGGUCCGCAAUGGCUGGCAUGUCGACACCUUGCUCUUAAUUUCGUCCAGAUACCUUCGAUCGUCUUCAUGCAUGCAUUUCCCAACCUCGAGCACUUGGUGUACCAGGCUACCAAUUACUCCCGGCCAGCCACAGGUGCCAUGCAUAGUUUGCAGAAUUCCCGGCCCUCUGUGCGCACCAUCCAUCAUGUAACCCUGGAGCUCUUAUAUAUGAACCCUACAACUCCCGCAGUAGAGAUUGAGCCAGCGCUUUGCGUUUUGCUAUAUGUCCGACCCGUGGUACUUUGUCUUGUCAUCCGCAGAGAACCACCUGUACUUCUGUGGCAGCGCAUUGCCGAGUUGUCCCCGCAGCUUCAGUAUCUCACUUUGAAGUUGUAUCUGAGAAUGGAUAUUUCGGACUGGCUGGCUACCAUACUUCCGCUCCCCGCCCCACUGGACGUGAUCUGUAUCCGUGUCUCUCACAUAGAAGGGGAGGAACAGCACCAAGAUAAGCUGCGAGAUACGCUCGCACAACGCAAUGUGUAUGCGUGGUGGAGAAUUGAGGGAUCUGGCGCGGAGCGGCGGAUGGUAGAGAUGUCGCGCGAGGAUGGCGACGCCCUCUGGCUGGUUGGUGGGAUGUCGGGAGAGGGCAUCAUGAAGAUGUUGAGAGAUGGGACCGUGGAGAAGUUGAGAGGGAUCGUGGAGAAGUAUACCGUCGGGAAGAUCGAGAACGUCGACAUACUCGAUAUCCAAGACAAGGCGAGUGAAAUCUCGCCGGAGAAGCUUCCACACGACUACCACGACUGGGCACUCCCACACCCAGUUCAUCAUUUUCUCCGCUCUGCUCGACGGCAGUCUCUCAUGAAGAGCUCAGACAUCGAGAAGAGGGUCUUCCUCGACGUCGAGGAACAACCGCCCGCACGGGGUCGCUUCCCACGUCUCCGAGCGCUGAUCGUCUGCGGUGCGAUCUAUGCUGUCUUCUAUCUGACGGUAUCGUCGUUCGUUAAGCACCCGCGACACACUUCGUACCAUCACCAUCACUCCAAAUCCUGGGCCUUGCAGGCAUUUGGCCACGGCACCAGCGAGAAGCUUGCGGGCGAGAAGGCAGAACAGGUCUUUCUCUCGACGCCCAACGCCGAGAGCGCCAUCGCUGCUUCGCGCGCCUACGCCACCCACCCACAUCUCGCCGGGGCUUCUGAGGACCUCGACGACGCCAAGGACAUUCUCGCGCUCUUUCAGAAGCAAUUUGGCAUCACCCCACCAGAUGAGCUGCCUAUAUUUCCCGCCGGCACUGACGCGUCGCGCAGCGUGACGCUCGGCGUGAACAAGCUCACCGCACCUACGGCGUGGAUCGACGUGUAUUACCCUGUCAUGAACACCCCGCUCGACCGCAGCCUCGAAAUCCUUGACGCGAACGGCGAGACAGGCUGGGCGGCAGACCUCGUCGAGGACGGCGAUCCUGCGGAUCCCGAGGCGGCGGAGUACAAGGACGCGGUCCCGACGUUCCACGGCCUGAGCUUUAACGGCGAGGCAGAGGGCGAGCUCGUGUAUGCGAACUACGGCAGGAAGGAGGACUACGACGCUCUCCUUGCAACGGGCAUCGACCUCAAUGACAAGAUCAUUCUCGCGCGUUACGGCUUCAACUUCCGCGGGCUCAAGAUCAAAGGCGCACAAGAAUUAGGCGCCGCAGCGGUGCUCAUCUACUCUGACCCGCGCGACGACGGCAGUGUGACAGUCGAGAACGGGUACGAACCGUACCCGUACGGCCCUGCGCGAAACCCGACGUCUGUGCAGCGCGGCAGCGUGCAGUUUAUCUCCGUGUAUCCCGGUGACCCGACCACGCCCGGCUAUCCCGCGUACGAAAACGCUACACGUACAGGCGGAGAGAGCAUCCCCAAGAUCCCCAGCUUGCCGAUCUCGUGGGCGAAUGCGCAGCGUCUCUUGCAAGAGAUCGACGCGGAGGGAGAUGCACGCUUGAUAACUGGGAAGACGAGCAACAGCACGAUCAGGCUGGUCAACCAUGUGGACGACAAAGUCACUCCAAUCUGGAACACCAUGGCUGUUAUUCCUGGACACAUCAAGAACGAAACCGUCCUGAUUGGCUGCCACCGUGAUGCGUGGGUCAUGGGAGCGGUCGAUCCCGUUUCCGGCACGGUGUCUCUGCAUGAGGUCAUCCGUGGGUUUGGUGCGCUGCUACAGGGCGGUUGGAAGCCCUUGAGGAAUGUCGUGUUCGCUAGCUGGGAUGCCGAGGAGUACGGACUGAUUGGCAGCACCGAAUGGGCUGAAGACUUUGCGGACUGGAUCACCGAUAACGUUGUCGCGUAUCUGAACGUCGAUGUUUCCGUCGGUGGCGCUGAGUGGGGCGUACGCGGUUCGCCCUCUCUCGCACACCUAGUCCGACGCACCGCACUCGACGUUCCCCAUCCUACGGUGGAAGGCAAGACCCUAUGGGAUGCGAUGUACGAUACGGGACCUUUCACUGGCCCCGCAGACGAGGAGUUCGUUGCCCUAUAUGAGGCCGCCCGGCGGAGCAGGGUGUCCGACACUGGUGUACCACCGCUCGGCUCCGGCAGCGACUUCACACCCCUCCUGCAGCACCUCGGGAUAGCGAGCGUGGACCAGGGUUUUGCGCCCACGCCUUCGGACGCGGUGUAUCAUUACCACUCGAUUUACGACUCGGAGAGGUGGCAAGAACUUUAUGGCGAUCCUGGUUUUCACCGGCAUGUCGCUGUUGCGAAGCACCUGGGCUUGUCCGCGCUCCGCAUCGCCGAUGCCAUCGUGCUGCCCCUCAACACCACACAGUAUGCGCUAGAACUGGAUGAUUACCUCGCCGAAGUUGAAAACAUUGCCACGUCCCUUGCGGUAUCACCCGACUUCUCCGGCCUGAAGCACUCCAUCUCCGCGCUGCAGACGGCUAGCAAGGCGCUGGACCUCGAGAAGGCCGAUGCUGAGAAGAAGCUUCGCGAGCUCCUCGACAAGCUGGUACAUCGCCGGGCCUGCUCAGGCCACGCCUCCACUGGGCUUGGUUGGCUCAAGAAAAUUUUGCACAAGAUUCGUAGACUAAUCCAUCGCCACCGUUCACCCAUCCACGCGAUCCAUGCCGCAGCGCUGCGUGUGCAGCGCGCGAACGCGAAACUCGUUGCAUUCGAGCAGGGCUUCAUCGACGAGGAGGGCAUCAAGGAUCGCGAGUGGUACAGACACUUGGGCGUUGCACCCGGCAAGUGGCUCGGCUAUGGCGCCACCACGCUCCCUGCUGUGUCGGAGGCGCUGACCAUUGAUCACAAUGCGACCCUCGCCGAGCUCGAGGCUAGCCGCCUCGCGGGACUCCUCGACAAGCUUUCGGAGAAGAUCACUGUGAAAAACGCAAGGUGCUCUGGCAAGAUGAUGUAA